GAUCAUUUGUUCACACCACUUUCUCACCUGGCUUUGUGUCCCACAGGGCACUAAGGACUCAGAAUUGGCAAGACAAAGCCAUAGCCUUCACAGUUCAGUGGUCUCUGCCCUGAGAAUCAGCAGAAUUCCCAUGCUUCCUGCCUCCUUCUAGCCAGCUCUCAGCAGAGGGACCAGCAGGAGCAAAUGUCCAGAGGUCAGGAAGACCAGGAGAGGUGGAAUCUGCUAGAGGGGAAGAGGUGGGGCUAUGGGCCCUGGGCCAAAUGGAAUUUAAGCCCUGGCAGGGGAAUUUAAGAGCCGGAAGGCUCAUGGAUCCAUCAGGGCUUAGGGCCAUACCUGGCAGGCAAGGGGAACCAGGUGGGGACUGGGAGGCAGUGGAAUGGUCCCCUUUUAAAUAAACCCAAUAUGUAGAAACCAGGUUUUUGUUGGUUUAACAAACCUAAGCUCCUGUACCACCCCAAACCUUUGGGCAAUGUGUAGGGGGCUUCAGAGACCCCCUCCCAAACCUCUCGGGCCCACUUACAACAUAGUUGGAAGGCAGGCAGAGGAUGAAUGGAACGUGAAGUCUCAAAGUGGCACAAAUUGUCUGUUGCUCCUGGACAGAUACCCCCACACCCAACAGGGUAUAUGUUGAAGCCACAGCUCAUGGAGCUGGUAUCCACUUCCCACACGUUUAGGGACAGUCUUCAAUGCUCAAUAUCUGGGGCCCUGGCACCCCUUUGUGGUCUCUUAGGUCGGCAAAAGAGUACUAAGGCAGCCAGACUUCCGAGGAGUCCAGCCAGGUGGCUCAGGGAGGUGGGUAGCAAAUCUCCAGAGGUGGGAACUCAACACUACAUGCUCAGUUGAACCCCUUACAGCAGCACACCCGGCCCCAUCUGAACCCACACACAGACCUCAGAUCCCAGAGCUGAGUCAGGUGUGCCCUAGAGAUACUUGUAGGCAGGUCCCAGCGCCCCACCAGGAGACAGAAGAGCAGGGCAGAUGAGCCCCACUCCUCCAUGCCCCUGGGAGCGCCAGACCUGCUCUGGGACUCAGGUUCCCCAUCUGACAACAGGCCUGCAGGACAUCCCCUGGAAGAGCCUGGUCACCUCUGCAGAUCAGAGACUGUUACACUCAAGUACAAGUGUACACAGAGGCACAGGCACAUGCAAGCAUGCACACAUACAGGCAGAUACGUGCAUAGAUGUUCAUGCAUACAGACACACUGACAUACGCACAGGCAAACGCAGGCAAGAGCACACUAAUGUGCAUUGCAUGUUCAGGGACUUAUACAUUCAUGCACACAUGCAUAUGUUAACCCAGAUAAGCACAGCGAAGUCCACAUACAAACACUUGCACAUGAAGAGAAAUACACAAAAGUAUAUCCACACACACACACACACAGGUAAACAAGCAGGUAAGCAUAGACACAACACACAGGCACAUGUGUACACACAAUAUACACAAACGUGUCAUGUCACUGCCUUGCUCGGUGCCAGUAAAGGACAGAUGUACACACCCAGUACAGGUAGCAGACAUGCACGCCCACCCAAGUCCGUUGGAAUCAUAGAGGCAUGUAGAAGCCUUGCCCAGCUGAGACCAGCCUUCAGUACAGGGCAUACGUGAUGUCCACCUUUACCUCUUGACUCCCUGUGAAGCAUGGAGCCCUGGUCCAGAAUCACUCAGCCCUUCUCAACCACCUCCUGCUGUGUGACCCUCUGAGCCUUCACUUCCUCUUCAGUAAAAUGGGGUUAAAGAUGGGGGGCACCCAUCCCCUAUGGCCGGUAAGGAGCAGUUUUGAGCCCAGUGCUGGGCUGGGCUUCUCCUCCUUCUCCCUGCUGCCAGGCCCACCCCCCACUUCUCCCACCCCCGGACUUGAGGCCCUAUCCUCCCCUUUCUGAGCCUGGACCCAGGUCUCCCUGCUCUGGAGCAGGGGCUGGACUGACUUCAGGGUCUCUCUCAGAGGGUUUGGGGAGCAGUGUAGAGGGGGUGCAGAGUCAGCAGUUGAGGGAUUGGGGCCAUGCCAGCCCGAUUAGAAGGGCUGGGGGCUGAGCUGGAUUCACCUGUCCUUGUCUCUGAUUGGCUCUUGGGUACCCACAACCCUCAAAUCCCCCUAAGCAGCCCCAACAGGGCUUGCCCAGGUCUGUGGACAGCCAGUUGAUUGCCAGUUCUGGGAUCAGAAGGGUGUCCGGGGAGGCCAGAGGCUGGCCUGAGCCUGGCUCUGGGGAGCCCCUCCAUCCAGAAGAGCCAACUGACCACCUUGUUCCUUCGCCUCCUGCUGGGAUCAUGGGGGCUGGGGCCAGCGCUGAGGAGAAGCACUCAAGGGAGCUGGAAAAGAAGCUGAAAGAAGAUGCGGAGAAGGAUGCUCGAACCGUGAAACUGCUGCUUCUGGGUGCCGGUGAGUCCGGGAAGAGCACCAUUGUCAAGCAGAUGAAGAUCAUCCAUCAGGAUGGGUACUCGCUGGAAGAGUGCCUCGAGUUCAUUGCCAUCAUCUAUGGCAAUACGCUGCAGUCUAUCCUGGCCAUAGUGCGUGCCAUGACCACACUGAACAUCCAGUAUGGAGACUCUGCGCGUCAGGACGAUGCCCGGAAGCUGAUGCACAUGGCGGACACCAUCGAGGAGGGCACGAUGCCCAAGGAGAUGUCAGACAUCAUCCAGCGGCUGUGGAAGGACUCGGGUAUCCAGGCCUGUUUUGAGCGUGCCUCGGAGUACCAGCUCAACGACUCUGCGGGCUACUACCUCUCGGACCUGGAGCGCCUGGUAACCCCAGGCUACGUGCCCACUGAACAAGACGUGCUGCGCUCGCGUGUCAAGACUACGGGUAUCAUUGAGACACAGUUCUCCUUCAAGGACCUCAACUUCCGAAUGUUCGAUGUGGGCGGGCAGCGCUCGGAGCGCAAGAAGUGGAUCCACUGCUUCGAAGGUGUGACCUGCAUCAUUUUCAUCGCGGCGCUGAGCGCUUACGACAUGGUGCUGGUGGAGGAUGAUGAAGUGAACCGCAUGCACGAGAGCCUGCACCUUUUCAACAGCAUCUGCAACCACCGCUACUUCGCUACCACGUCCAUCGUGCUCUUCCUCAACAAGAAGGACGUUUUCUUUGAGAAGAUCAAAAAGGCUCAUCUCAGCAUCUGCUUCCCCGACUAUAACGGGCCUAACACAUAUGAGGACGCCGGCAACUACAUCAAAGUGCAGUUCCUCGAGCUCAACAUGAGACGCGACGUGAAGGAGAUCUAUUCUCACAUGACAUGCGCCACCGACACACAGAACGUCAAGUUUGUCUUCGACGCCGUCACUGACAUCAUCAUCAAGGAGAACCUCAAAGACUGUGGCCUCUUCUGAGGUACCAGAACUCAUGCGUACCCCUGAGAUUCUGUAGACCUAGCCGCCUUGUAGCCCUGGUCCACAGGACCCAAUCUGCCCCCAGGACUCCUGGGCCCCAGGCUAUGGCCCCACCAGCCACAGACCCAAAGCCCUGAGCCCCGCUAGCCUUGAGGCCCUAACCCUCCCCCAUGGCUCCCAGGACUGCCAGGUCUCCCGGAGCCUGGCACCCCCACCCCUAGUGCUGCCCUUCACGGCCUGGCUGCACUGGCCUCCACAACCCACCAUAGCCAGCCUCAGCUAGAAACAAGCAGCACUUGGGGCAGCUAGAGCUCAUGGUGACUCAGCAGUGUCCAACUGACCAAUCUCCUGUGGCUCUCCUGCUCCAGGAGGUCCAUGAUUCACCUGGUGGGUCUGGGUUCAGCAAACAGCCCUCCCUCCCAGAGUUUCAUAAAGGGCAGUAGGGCAGGCAGGAAACCCUCCUCCACGCAGUCCUGCUGCUUACCAUCAGCCCAUUCUAGCCUUACCACCUCCAUGUGACAAGUCUGACACCUGCCUACCCAGUGGCUAGUGACUGCCCCGCCCAGCAGCUUCAGGGGUCCAAAGUCCAAGCCAGCUGUGGCCUGUGUAGAUUGAACAUAGAUGAAUUAGUGAGUAGGGGCAGGCCUGGGAGCCCCUGGGUGCCAGGCGUAUAUUCAAGCUGGACCCUUCCCCACAUACCCUGACCUCCUCCCCCACAGGCUCUGCCCCUUUCAUCCUCGGACACUGAAUUCAUAGCCUACCUCAUCCACCCACCCACAGCACUCCAGGCUGGCUAGCCAAGGGGAUGAUCUAUUGAGGGAGGGUACUGUUGACACCGCUGUGGCCAAUGGUCAAACUGUCCUGAGGGGUGGCUGGGAGCAGAGUCCGGGUCCCAUCGAUCAGUCCGAGACAGAGGAUUUGAGACAGGAAGGAGGCCCAGGUUGUGCCCAGAGGAGUCUACCUCAGGUUGGGUCACAAGCAAACUCAGGUGGCCCUCCUGUCCCUGCCAGCAGUUUCUCUCACCCUUCCCAUUAAGGGCCCAUUCCCCGGUGGGAGAAACUGAGGGCCAUGUCUGAGCCAACAGGGACAAAUCCCAUGUCCCCACAGCCCUCCUCCUUACUUCCCCAUCAAGCACUGAGUCCUUGCUGAUGCCCACGGGCCAGGGCCUGUGCUGCACAAGGACAAGGAGUUCCUGUCUAGCAAGGCCAGGGCAUAAUUCGCACUCCCUUCAGCUAGAUGCACAGACUCAGCAAUAAACCUUUGCAUCAGGCCCCAGCUGUCCUUUCUUACGGGGAGGGGGAGAGCAUUCAUUAUCACGACUCAUGGGCAUUUAUUAAGUGCACAGUGCCGGCUGGACAUAAGUGGGAAGAUGGUCCCUUCCAGAGAGAGGCACCUGACCUGACUUGGCAGGGGCACUCUUGGGGCAUGGGAUCAACUUGUGCCUCUUGAGAGGGGUUGAGGAGUCGUGGGAAACAUUCACAGGGACGGUCUUGUAUCAAGAGGGGAUUGCGAGGUGGAAGCUCAUUCCAGCAGAGGCAGUAGGGUGUAGAAGGCCCAGGAUCAUGGGCUUGUGGGCCAUGAGUGUUCAAUGGAGCGGGAGCGAGGAAGGGGAGGUGGCGUGGGGAGACAGUGGGCAGGUGCCAAGUGCCAGCCUGAGGGCCUGUGCUUCCUGCAGAAGAUGAUGGGUCCAGGAAGCCCUCGAAGCUAGGACAUAAUUGCAGGGCCAGGAGUGAGGCUCUCACUUCAGCUGCAAAAUUUAGGGUGGUGUUGAAAGAUUCAGUAAUUUAGAUAGAUAUUACUGAAGUAUUUUAAAAAUCAAAAUUACUACCAAAAAAAUCCAUGAUGAACAAAAUAUCCAAAUUUUAAAUAAAGAUCCAAGUGAGCCCUGGAGAGCCAUCUUGGAUCCUGAAGCAAAAGGAAAAAUGUCCAACCC